AUGCUAUCCAUUAACACUUACCACACAUUCAACGCCACAAAGACUUACUGGAGAUCGGCGUUGAUUGUCGUCACCAAUCGAUUCACUCAUUCAAACCUAUUAUCAACGCAUAGACCCAUAAGACACGACAUCCCAACACAUCCCACACUCGUGUCUGUCAGGCAUUACAGCGACGGCAAGAGAAAAAGCGGACCAAAGAUGGAGCCCAAGAAGCUAUCCUUCGUGGACGACGAGCCCGUCCUGACCCACACCGAGAGACUCAAGAGGAUUAUCUCAAACUACGGGUCGACAGCCGUUAUCCUGCAUAUCAUGCUAUCGUUGACAUCGCUGUCCUUUUUCUAUACCAUUAUAUACUUCGGAGUCGAUGUCUCACAGUAUAUACCGAUGGAUAUGUUUGGAGAGACAGUGACUAAAGUGAUGACAGGUUCGGGCACUUUCGCCGUGGCCUACGCUAUACACAAGAUGGUUAUGCCCGUCCGCAUCGGCGCCACCGUUGCUCUCACCCCUAUUGUGGUCCGCAAACUGAGACAAAUUGGUUUCAUUAAGAAACCCCAUAAACACAUCUAA